AGACGACAUUCAUCACGUCGACGCCAUGGCCCAGCAGCAUCUUCACACCAUUCAAAAAGCCUUAGAGACGCGCCCUGCCUAUUGCAGUGGAAUCCAUGAGGUCAACGAGGACUUCUUGGCCCUGUACUUUGGUAAGAAAGGCUCGGGCACCUCACGGCGCAUCGAUCUCGCCCAUGCCUCUGACACCGGCCUGGCCGCGCUUGCCAGUGCGUGUGAGCCUGCUACAUUUGGCUUGGGAGAGGAGACGGUAUUGGACGAGACGUAUCGCAAAGCCGGAAAGCUUGACCGAACUGACUUUGCGACGCUCUUUAAUCCCGGAGACGUCGGCAUCAGCGGUAUUCUUCACAGCGACCUCCUUGACUCUGAGAAGGAUUUCACCAUGGAGCUCUACAAGCUCAACGUCUACAGUGAAGGCGCGUUUUUCAAACCCCAUCUAGACACGCCCAGGAAUGAGAACAUGUUUGGUUCUCUCGUGGUCGUCUUUCCGACUCCUCAUGAAGGUGGAGAGCUCGUUCUCCGCCAUGGCCAGGGCGAGAGCCAGAAUGAAUGGACCGUCGACUUCUCGAAAGAACUGGCCCAGGCCUCUUCACCUAGCGUCGGGUUCGUCGCCUUUUUCAGCGAUGUCGAGCAUGAGGUCCUCCCUGUCAAGGCCGGCUACCGCGUCACCCUCACAUACAACCUCUACUUCAAGUCGAAACCACCCCCAUCCAUCCUUGCCGUGGCGCGCCCCAUCACGUCUAUAGAAGCACAGCUGCGCAGCUCCCUUUCAGCUGUCGUUUCUGACCCAGCCAUUCUCCCAUCCGGCGGGUUCCUUGCAUUCGGUCUCAGCCACAAGUACCCACUCAAGCGCGGACAGGAUACGAGCCGCGUCAAGGACUACCUGAAGGGUUCGGACGACCUUAUCGCUCGUGUCUGCAGCUCGCUUGCUCUCCCGUGGUCAAUCUACGUUUUCUACAAGAGGUUUAUCAAUUACAACGAACGGAACAUAUUCACCGAUAGGGUUGUCGCGAUCGACCUAUACGAAUACGGUAACUGCUCCUACGAGAUUAGCGCCAACCAGUUCGUUACGGAGUGGUUCAAGCUGAGGUCGGACGGCGAUCCUUCGGCCUCGAGCCAAAAGGGGCCUCGCAAGCGAUCACGACGUGAUAAGGAGACUGGAAGUCGCGUCUGGAAAGGUGUGCUGUACAAGGAGGACGAUGGGCUGGAGAGCGAUCAUACGAACAAAGAUGACAGCUGGCAUGCCGAAGUGAUCAGAAUGAACAAGCUUGUGUCCGAGCAUCGCGUUGAAUCUCAUUUUAUGGUGUACGGUAAUGAACAUCAGCUACAAUAUGUGUAUGGCAGCGUGUGUCUUUUGGUUGAGCUGAAACCUUCGGGCCAGCGGCCCCUCUAGAUAGUAUUUGGUUUACAUUGUAUUCUCGACAGUUAAAAAUUUCGACAUCUUCCUAUCUGCAUAGUCACUAGGAUAACGGUACUACUAGCAGAUGAAUGAGGUUCAACGAUUUCAAUCACAUUUCCUCGUCGACAUAGACAUAAACCACCGUCGCAUAAUCUCAUGCCUCAUCAACUUUGCAAAUGAGCUCACCGUUCACCAGUGAAAACCAUGCGUCCUCAGCUUUGCCCCACUCCCUGAAUCCCCUUCCCAUAUCUUCCAGUUCGUCCUUGUUAUUCACGAACCCAUUCUCUAUCGCGCUUGGCCCGACUUUGGAGUGCACGAGCCGAUCCGCCCAUAAGCCGCUCCACCAUUCGAUCUCCUCCUUCGUGCUAUAGCACCAUGUGCUUGACGAAGCCGUGAUGCUCUUCCUGGCGAAGCCUGAUUGAAGGGCCCAACUAAGCAGCCUCCGCCCGGCAUCGGGUUCACCUCCGUUUUUCCUCGCAACACAACCGUAUACCUCAAAACCCCUGGUUACACCCACGUUCUCUGGAAACCACGUAAACGUGCCGUAGUCCGCGUCGCGCACCGCGACCAGUCCACCAGGCUUCGCUGCGCGUCGUAGGGCCUCGAGGGCGCGUACGGGAUCCGAGACGUGCUGCAGGACCUGGUGCGCGUGUACGACGUCGUAUUUGCCUUCGUGCUCCUCGCCUAGAGUGUACAGGUCCGCCUGAGCAAACGAGGCGUUUGAUACACCCCGCUGAGUGGCGUGAUCUUUGGCCUGUUGGAUGACCUCGGCGCUAGGAUCGAUACCUACGACGAGGCCCUGAGGGACGUGCAAAGCCGCGAGGUCUGCGCUGAUGGUGCCAGGACCGCAUCCGACAUCGAGGAUGUGCAUGUCAGGUUUGAGGUACGGUAGUAGGUAGGUGCACGAGUUGGCAGCAGUGCGCCAGGUGUGUGAGCGGAGGACGGAUUCAU